AAUUUCUAUUUUCUCUAUCUCUUUAUGCUAACUACACUUUCCACAAAUCUCCAUUUUCCUUUCUCUUUUCUAAAAUUUAACCCUCUUCUGUCAAACCCUAACCGUACCUUUUCAACAUUUUUGCACAAUUUUCAUUCAAUUCUUUAAAUUAAAUCAACCUAAAUGUUGUGUAAUUCAAAAUUUAUUAUCUCUUUACAUGAUUCCGCUUCACUGUAACUUAGCUUAAAAAUUGAUUGAUAUUAUCGUUAGGAAUGAAUACUUGUGUUGAGGGAAGUAGACGUCAGUUACCACCAUGGAUGAUGCCAAAAGUUGUUGCAGAAAAUGGUGACAUUAGAUGUGAUCAGAAGAAGGUAAUAUCGAAGAGGAAGUUAAAUUCCAAAGCAAAAUGUGAGGGUAAGGGGAAAGUAAAUUUAGAUGAACUGAAUGAAAGUGGUGAUAAUGUUAAUGAAAAGAAGAAGAAGAAGAAAAGUAAUAUAUCUAGGGAUAGUGCUCCUAGACGUUCUACUAGGAAACACAAAAAUUUAGAGGAUCUCGGCCAUGGUAGUAGUGAUCGUGAUCAUGUAUGUCAAGUUCGAGCAUCUAGUGACGAUGACGUGGAGUUGACUGUUGAGGAUUUAAUGGAGAUUGCAGAACAGUAUGUCAAAGAUUACAAGGACAAGGAGACUCGAGAAGCAGUACGUAGACAGUGCGAGCCAAAAUGGAAACUUCGAGCCACAAAAGAAGCAGCAACUGAUCUUGAUUCUCCACAUAAGAACAAAAAAUCAUCUAGUUUGGAAAGGGACGAUUUAUAUACUUUUUCUCUAACAGCUGGCGAGGUAAUUCCUACAAGCACAUCUCAAAUAGAUCAUCCUGCUCAAAACAUGCUGGACGUGUUCUUGGGUCCCCUGUUGAGAACAACCUUUGAGAAGGAGGAGAACUGGAGAAGAGAAAAUCUGUCUUAGAUAGUUUAGAGAUUGCCCUUGAGUUAACUAGACAAAGUCAAAAUGAACAUGUUGGGGAAAUGAUCCCCUUGAUAAAGAAAUGAAACACUUUGAAAGACUGGGUGGCUAUUGUCUUGAGUGAGAUAUGUAGAUUCAAGAAACAGAAAUAUACAUGCCAUGGCAAUGCAAUUAAUUUGUUAUUGCAUGACAUAUUAUAGUAGCUGCAUUUGAAGGAAUUAAUGUAGAUAGUUUCAUUCUCAC